CACCUUACGAUCAUCAAGCCUGCCAACUUCCCUUUCUUUGUCGGGAUUGAGUCUUUGGCUUUACCCCAAUCACCAGCUUCACCACUAUCUUGGUGUUCAGGCUUCACAUCAUCGAUGCCCUUGGGAUCUACCUGCAUCUAGUCAGAUAUCGACCCACGGAACCUUUUAGCCAGUGAGCUAGAUCGGACCACUACUCCAAACUCAUUCCCGCUUCCGCUCCUCAUGUUGCAAGGUAUCAGGGCAUCGACAUUGACGAUGCCGCCUUAUGGACAUGACCUGUCCUCUGGUGGGGUAUCGAAGGUGGGCAACUAUAGCGACAACUGGGCCUGGUCCCAGCAACCCUCGCCACAACCGCCAUAUACCAGCAUGUUUGAUCCCUCGGUGUACGCAAAUGCAAACUUUGCAUCUCACCUGCAACCAGCCUCACGCGUACAGCCCCGGCACCACUCGAUAGCAACGUCUCAUGUCAUCUCUACAGGGACUGCAACGCCCCCACCACCAAGGCAUCAGGUGGCAGGCAACAUGGUCAAAGCGCAGCCUGCCUUCAAGCCGACAUGGACCGGAUUCCUCGAUACUACAAAAGAUGCCAUGACGAUUGUGGAAGCAGCUUUACAGGGGCGACUGAACCACAUCAGUCGUAGACCCCAUGACAAGGAACGAGCCGAGAUGCUCACAUCAGGAACGGUCCUCGUCUACGAAGAGAAUGCAUCUGGCAUCAAACGCUGGACCGAUGCCGUACACUGGUCACCUAGCCGAGUCAUGAACAAUUGCCUGAUCUAUCGACAACUGAUGCGUGCUUUGAAGCCUGAAGAGAAGAAGACCGCUCUCAACCCUUCUUGUGGCACGAAGCGCAAGCGAAAGGAGAGUGCAGGGUCUUCUAUCACGAAGACCGGCGACCACGUCAACAACUCUGAUGACGAGUACGAGAAUCCCUCGUUUGACGGUGCGCUGUUAGGUGAAGUUGACUCUGCGGGGAAAGUCUACGCCAACUUUGCACAAAGCCUAACGCCCGACCAACAACGGCGCUUUUGCGGUUCUCUUAUCGACAGCUACGAGUUCAAGGAGGGAGGCCUGAUGAAGAAGACCAUCUCAGUCAAGUACCAGGGCACUCACCACCACGUCAUCUCCUAUUACAGCCUUGAAGAUGUUGUAAGCGGCAAGCUCAAGCGACCGUUCCAGGAUCCAAGGCUCGAUAACGUGCAACCACGACCGGAACUCCUUACUGGUUGGAAGGUCAGCCUGGAGGAUGAAGAGAGCAAGGACAUGCCGCUCAUUGCAGGAUACUCACAGCACAUCCAGCCCAGCCACGUGCAGCACCACGCCAUCACCGCUGUGACACAAACAGUUGGUCCGCAUGGAAUGAUCCAGACCCAUGGCCCACCGCACCUACAAGUACCGCAAAUAGGUGAAUACUGGCACGGCGGACAUGUUCAGCAACAUUAUGCGUCCCCUCAACCGACCGCCCCGCACAAUGCGCCAUCACAUCCGUACCAUUACUCAACUCAGCAGCCGCCGACACAACACUACGUUCAACCUCCUUCUCCCCAGCCUUACCCAUCGCCGCAACCGUCGAAUCAAACAUAUCCGGCGCCGCCAAAUGCCACGUCGCAAUAUGCACCACACCAACAAGCUGGCCGACAUUACUCGAUUGAUCAACAGCAGCCACCCCUAGGAUCUCACUACCCUCCUCAAGUUGCGGCUUCUCACUAUGCGGCUUCUCAUCAUUCUCAGCCAACUCCGCCACCUUCUGUGCCUCAGUAUUCAGGCCCGCCGGCCCAGAACUUCGACAUUCAGGUUCCUGUUCCACAAAGCGCGACUUCCGUCCAGGCACCUCCUCAAAGCUCGGUCCCACAGCAUGACCCUCAACGUAGGGCAUCUGCUCCUGUGGCUGUUCAGCACUACUCUCAGCCACAGUAUCACCCUGCCCCACCUCACCCGGCAGCGUACUAUGUCGAAGAUGCCAAGUAUCCACCCAACACACAAGGGUAUUAGGCUGUAGCCACCUUCCUUUAUCACUCGGUCAAACACUGCAGAUUUUUCACACCGGAACAAUGGACGCGUACACGAAGGCAAUCCACGGUGGUCACUUUUGGUUGCGAUACCCCUUGAGGUUUAUUACUACUUA